AUGAUUCGAUUCAUUCUCACAAUCUGUUUUUUCUCGAUUCUCGUCGAUGCCACAGAUUUCAUGGUCCAAGAACAAAUGAUUUGCAACAUACGUAAAGAUUGGAAAUAUUUCGUUCGAUACUUGGAACACGAUUACGCAACGUAUGUUGUAUAUUGCCACGUCAUAGGUUAUGAGUCAUAACCUAUGACGGGGCAAGACCUGGGAAAUUUUUACUUUAAAAAUUGGGAGUUGGGAACUUACCGUAACUCCGACAUAAUUUGGACACUGUCAUUGUCUAUAUCCAUCAAAAAAUAAAUAAAUUAAAAUUUCAAAAAAAAAAAAAAUUCAAAAAAUACCUCUUUUUAAAUCUCAAUUCUAAGCCUAGACCGCUGCGAGACCCAUCAUGUGCCUUUGAGAAAAAUUGAGCUUUCCCGUGCAACCUAUACUAUCUUGUAGCUCGCAUUUUUCUGAGCAUUUUGCUACCCUUAACUCCCUUCAAAACUCAAUUUUAAGCCUAGAUCGCUUCGAGACCCAUCAUGUUCCUUUAAUUUUUUUUCCUAUUUUCCCCCAAUUUUGUGUUUUUUUUUAAGACCCAAUUUGAUUCUGUCAAAAUUCAUCAUAUUUAGUGUUUUUUUAACGAAUUAUUUUACGCAAAAUGGAUUUUACGGUGAAAUCCCGUGAAACGUAAAAUUUCCCAGGUCAUAACUUAUGACGUGGCAAAUACAAAUACAAAACAAAAUAUUUCUAGACCCAACGACAUCCUCUUCGUAACCGAGUGGGUAUACGUGAAUGGAAAUUCGCACGGUCCACACCGUGUUCGUCGAUUCGAUUACCGUGAAGGUGACGGAUUUUUGGAUGAUCAUUAUGAGAUCGAAAUGGAAGUCUUUCACACUUGCACGAGAAGUGGAGAAGUGUGGGGAUUUGAUGUGGAUUUGGGUGAACUUCACAUUGGAACAACGUUGGUUUUGAGGGGGAAAAAUCCUUAAAUAUAAUUAUUUUUUCUUUCAGUUUUAAAGAAUUGGAUAUAGCUGGAUAUGUGUUGGAUAAUCAAUGGAAUUUUGUAUGA